CUUUCCGAACGUAUCACCAGGGCGGCGCCACCAAACGCUCGUUAUGUGAAUAAGAACAGGGCGAACAGGGUGGCCGUGCUUCAAUUACGAUCGUUCCCACUUGAAGCUGAGAGCAGCAGCAAAUAGCUCACAACGUUCUCGCAUCACCAUUCCACAGCUGAGACGUCACGAACCCCAUAUGCCAGGCCGUCACGCAAUUUUAUUGCUCGCUGUUCGCCGAAGGUGUGACCGACGUCGGCGACCGAGCCGCCUUCAGCCACUUUUUCGAUGCAAGCCUCAUUUUUCGCGUGUCACGUGCGUUUUUUUCUAUUAUCUCCGGUUUGAUACGGAGCCAUAACGCGCCAGUCAAAUGUGUCGUUCGACGCGAACAUUGUCACGCCAUGAAGAACGUGACAUCGCACGAACUCGAAGGAACCAAAGUUCCAAAGGUCGAACUGGGAAGCUUAUUUUGUUUGCGCGAUAACGCGCUUCUCAGAACAAGGCGCAGGUUUCUAUGUGAUCGCCCGAGGAAAUCUUCGCCCGACGACAAGGGUGGAGCGCCCGCUGCUGGAGACGCCAUGGCCUUAUUCAUCCAGACGACGCUGCUACUCCUGCUGGCUUGGAUUGCGACAGCGACUGCACGGCUAGCCACAUCCGAGAAAGUGCUCCUGCAACGAAAGGGGAAUCUCUGCGCCUACCGCGUGAUCCAAAACGUGACCUGCCGGGAGCGCAACGGCACCGAGGUCGUGCAGGUCAGGACCAGACCCGAGUGCCACACCGGCGACUGCAGCAUAUACACGGUUCCGAUGAGACGGCCCGUCUACGUGACGCGGGUGCGGAUGCAGCAGAAGGUCAUCUGGAGCUGCUGUCCCGAGUAUUCCGGCCCAGCGUGCACCCCAGCAUUGCAGAUUCCAGCCCAGGCUCCGAAGAUACGAGGAGGGGAACACAAGCGCAGCCUUCACGUUCCUGGAACCCCAAGGACCUGGCCUCCACCACGUGACCAGCCACCUUCGACUGUGCCCUGCAACUGCGGCGGUGCCAGGACUACUUCCGGAGCUCCGGGACGGACUUCCGGCGCGUCUACCCCUGGGCCACCCGGUCCGCCCGGUGCGCUAGGUCCGAAGGGACCACCAGGACCACCCGGUGCACCGGGAGAAGACGGUGCUCCGGGGCCGGCGGGUCCUCCCGGCCCCGUCGGACCUCCUGGACCCCCCGGACCUCCAGGUGGCGCUUCCGUAGGAAUCCACGCUGAAGCAGACCCCAGGGACUUCAUCAGUCACCGCAGUGCCAUGGGCGUGUUGGAGACAGUGUCCAAGUUGGCGAACGACCUCUCCGACCUGGACGAACGCGUGGACAAGCUCGAACGAGCCCUGAGGCGACUCACAGAUCUGAACGCAGGUCCUCUGGGGAUCGGCAACGACGACUUGGGACCGGUGUUUACGGAGCCGUUCGACGGCCACACGUUUGGCCAGCCUGGUCCGACGAGACCCCCCGUCGCUUACGAGGACGUCGGCUACGACACCGACGUCCCCAAUCUACCAGCGACUACGGUGCCGUCUGGUGCGGCGCCUUCUGGUACAGAUGCUGUCGAGGACACUUCUUCCUCCAGGACUCGAACGACAAGCGCGCUGGAUCGAGGCGAGCACUGACAGACGAGCACCAGCAGACGACACAAUCCGAAAGAAACAGACGAAAAAAAAAAAGAAGGAAGGCUGGACGGACGUACCCAAUAUGGCGUAGGCUAACAGACGCCGUUAAACGGAAACGAUCGCACAUCCGACUUCCCGGCUUAACUAACAGACGUUUGUCGAAAGAAUCGCAUUUGACUUUAAGCAUAUACUGUCCGCCGAGACGCCGUGAGCGUCAGCUUUUUCGCGUUCAUUCUGAGCGCCAUGAUCGCGGUAUGCUUGAAAGACUACAGGCUGCUUUGCAUUCCGGGAGUGAGCGUAUUUUUGACUGGGUGCAACUCGCGGGGCUUUAACAUCGCUUAACACUUCUUGCCGUGCCUCAAUGCAAAACGCCGCAGUCAGUAUCAGCUAACUUGCUUAAAGUGAAUAGACAACUGUUGCAAAAAAAUAUACAUGAAGUAAAUGUCGUUCGGGCGACUCAAUGCUUUGUGCGUCAUAGUUAGUUUCAGUAAAAAAAAUAAUAAUUUAUAAAUGCGACAACUGAUAACAAUCUUUGUGCAACGGGGAAAGGAAAUACCGAAAUCCUCGCGUUGCUGUUAUCACGUGAUCCUUUCAUUUUUCUUUUUUUUUUGCAACGUUGUCUGUACUUCCAUGCGAACGAAGUGACAGGCCGAGCACUGUCGGAAAAGUGCUUCGUCAAUGAGAAACUAUCUUUGUAACUUACAGAUUAUCUGCCAGCGCUCAUUCAAACCAUGAACCACGAGCAAUCACGACCACGUGAGCGUUCAGGGGACGCGCGAGAUCGGCGUGGGACAGCGGCUUCACUUGGUAAAGACGUGCAGCAAAAAAAUUUCCUAACACAUUGCGUCAUGUGGACGUUAAAAAUGUACCUCAACGGUCAGUGCAGACGACGUGAGGUCAACUACUACGUAAACACAAAGGCAAACGCAGAAAAGAGAUCUGCGGUCUAAUUAACACA